GCGGCACCGGCUCGGGAGGAGCGGAGCGGAACGGAACGGAGCGGGGGCAUGGCGGCCAGCACCGGCAGCACCGGGACGGCAGCACCAGCGGCGGAGCCGGCACACGCGGUGUCCCUGCUGCGGGGCCUGAGCGCGCUGCGUGCGGAGCGGAGCCUGCUGGACGUGACGGUGGUGGCCGGCGGCCGGGAGUUCGGUGCGCACCGGGCCGUGCUCGCCGCCGCCUCGGGAUACUUCCGUGCCAUGUUCGGUGGGGCCCUGCGGGAGGCUCGGGCCGAGCGUGUGCGGCUGCACGGCGUGGAGCCCGAGUGCCUGGCGCGGCUGCUCGACUUCGCCUACACCGGGCGCGUGGGGCGGCUGGGCCCGGACAUCGCGGAGCGGCUGCUGCGGGCCGCGGACCUGCUGCAGUUCCCGGCCGUCAAGGAGGCCUGCGGGGCCUGGCUGGCCCGGCAGCUGGAGCCGGCCAACGCCUUGGACAUGCAGGACUUCGCCGAGGCCUUCGCCUGCCCGGCGCUGGCGGCCGCCGCUCACCGCUUCGUGCUGCGGCACGUGGGGGAGCUGGGAGCGCAGCUGGAGCGGCUGCCGCUGCCGCGCCUCGUGUCCUACCUGCGGGACGACGGCCUCUGUGUGCCCAAGGAGGAGGCCGCGUUCCAGCUGGCGCUGCGCUGGGUGCGCGCGGACCCGGCCGCCCGUGCCCCGCUGCUGCCGCAGCUGCUGGCGCACGUCCGCCUGCCCUUCGUGCGCCGCUUCUACCUGCUGGCGCACGUGGAGGGGGAGCCGCUGGUGGCGCGAUGCCCGCCCUGCCUGCGCCUCCUGCAAGAGGCACGCGACUUCCAGGCCGCCCGCCUCGACCGGCACGACCGCGGCCCCUGCGCCCGCAUGCGCCCGCGGCCCUCCACCGGCCUCGCCGAGAUUCUCGUCGUGGUCGGCGGCUGCGACCGCGACUGCGACGAGCUGGUCACCGUUGACUGCUACAACCCGCGCACCGGGCACUGGCGCUACCUGGCCGAGUUCCCCGAGCACCUCGGAGGGGGCUACAGCGUCGCCGCGUUGGGCAAUGACAUCUAUGUCACCGGGGGGUCCGAUGGCUCCAGGCUCUACGACUGCGUGUGGAGGUACAACUCCAGCGUGAACGAGUGGACAGAGGUGUCCCCCAUGCUGAAGGCCAGGGAGUACCACAGCUCCACGGUGCUGGACGGGCUGCUCUACGUCAUCGCCUCGGACAGCACGGAGCGCUACGACCACACGCUGGAUAGCUGGGAGGCCCUGCAGCCCAUGCUGUACCCCAUGGACAACUGCUCCACCACCUCCUGCCGCGGCAAGCUCUUCGCCAUCGGCUCCCUGGCCGGCAAGGAGUCCAUGGUCAUGCAGUGCUACGACCCCGACAGCGAUCUCUGGACCCUCGUGAACUGCGGGCAUCUGCCCCCAUGGUCCUUUGCCCCCAAGACUGUCACCCUCAAUGGGCUCAUGUACUUCAUAAGAGACGACUCAGCUGAGGUGGAUGUUUACAACCCAGCGAAGAAUGAAUGGGAUAAAAUCCCGGCCAUGCUUCAGGUCCACGUUGGGGGCAGCGUGGCCGUGCUCGGUGGGAAGCUCUAUGUCUCCGGUGGCUACGACAACACCUUUGAGCUGUCGGAUGUCCUGGAAGCCUAUGACCCUGAGACACGAGCAUGGAGCGUGGUGGGCAGGCUCCCCGAGCCCAUCUUCUGGCACGGCAGCGUCAGCAUAUUCCGGCAGUUCAUGCCGGAAACCACACAGGAGGACGAUGCCAUCACACUGGACAACACCAUCAACUUGAACAGGCAGCAGCAGAACCUCCACAACCAGAACCUGAACGAGCUGCGUUAGCAGGGACGUCCUUGUCCACAACCUGUGCUGCUUUGGGAGACAAACCUGGACUGGGCAUAGAGGGAAGCUCUGAUGUUUGAUGUGCUGCUCGGCCCUUGGGCAGGAGGAGGCUCCAGCUGCUCAUGGAGACCCAGGAGCUGAACUCAAGCACAGCAGUUGUGUUGAACAGCAUCACAGCUCAUGGCUUUGGCUCAGAUGCCUUUCACUGGAGCUCCUGCUUCGUUUGCCACCAAACUUCUGCCUUCAGUUCCUGUUCAGAAGGGUCUGGUGGGGCAGGGAUCUGGGCCCCCACCUCUGUUCUGUGCCUUGGAGGGGGACAGGCUCCAUGUGCACGUGGAUAGAGGGGGGAAUGGUCUCUUCCCGAAGGCUGGAGGUCUGUCAGGUGGGAGGUUAGUGUGAAACAUGGAGCUUCCUCCUGUGGCCAUGCUCCUUGAUCCCUGUUUAUCCCUUCAGGAGGAGCGGGUGCACCAUGGCCAGGACCCCACUGUGGGUUAUGAAGCUUCAUCUUCCCUCGAGCUUCAGCUCUCCCUGUGUUUCGGGGGGUUAGGUUGGAGCAUUCAGACUCCUGCAGGUCUCUGUUUCCCAGCCCUCCCCUCCAAGGCACUUUCCCUUCAGCAAACACCUUAUUUACCUUUCCACCCCAUUCUGACAGCUCCAUUGCUUCAUUCCCCAUCACCAGCUUAAGGGGAAGGGAGAAGCUGGUCCUGUUCUUACCCAGCCCAGGGGCUGGUGGCUGCUGCCUGCGGGAGGAGCUGUUCCCCUUCCCGGUGUGCCAGGCCUGAACCAGGGCAGGCAAAGCUGCUGGUACUGCCUAGUGCUGAGCUCUGGGCUCCACGUAGCAAGGGUGAGUUCUGCUUUCUUCACCCCCUUAGAGGAGCUGCAGUGGGGAACAGGCGUUUAAAUACCCUGAUGCAGAAUCACUGUCAAAGCCAUCCCCUUGUGUGAAUGGACCUUCAGAGAGGUCUCGUGCCUGUCGUGCCUCCUGCUCACAGCUCUCGGGAUGGGAGCAAUAGGAGAACUGUGCUGAGCUGUUGGCAGCGGUGCAGGAGGUGCCUGGAGUGCUGUGCAUUGAGCAGUAGGUACUUUAGGGUAGUUAGUUCUCUUGUUUCCUUUCUGUUUGGGUUUUUUUGGCCUGAGAGUUGCCUUCAUCCUCGCCCAAGGGACGUCGUGAGCUUGGGCUGGGUUCCUCCUUCUACCUUAGCAGAAGAGAAGCUGCUGCAGUUUACUCAUGGAAUGUGUGGUGAACAAGCCAAGAGCCAAAGGCUCUAGGAGAGCAGGGCUGGAGGCUGUUGCCGUUUCCCUCUUGUGCUUUCAACCAAUAGAGAAAACACUUGCAUUUGAACCUCAUUUGGAGAUGGAGAGCGCCAGGGUCCCAUCUCCAGCAUCAGCAGCUUCACAGCUUUACAAUGGAUCUGGUUUGCCUUGAAUGCAGUUCCUGCCUCACGCCCUGCUCCUUGGCUGCGGAGCUGGGAAUGCCGCUGGUGAAUCCAUGUCUGGAUCUUUGACAGUGCCUUGAAGCUGGAUUGUGCCGUGGCAGCCUGGGAUGGAAACCCUCGGGGCUGGAAUGUAGGACUUGGGGCAUCUCCUUCCUUUAAGGCCGCAGAGCCCGUUCCGAGGCUGCGCAGCUGAACGUGCAUUGCAGCCCCAAGUAUUCCUGCCAGACUAUAAAUAGAGGCACUGUGUCUCGUGCUGCUGGACCUGCCUCCCCCAUUCCCCACAGGCUCACCAGUUACGGAUCUGUAUUUAUUUGUUGCUAAAGCCCAUUGUGUCCGGCUCUUGGAGUGCAGUUUUAACACUGUCCUUUGAAACAAAGGCAUCCCCGGUACAGAUAAUGUAUUUUUAUUGUCAUAGGUUUAAAUAAAACACCUCACAUGAA